UAUGGACUUAUUAUUAUUUAGCUGCAAGAUUGUCAACCACUCACUCACCCCAACGUACAUGUAAUUCAAAUCUAGUGAAAUCCUUGUAGUUGAUUUAAGUAGUUUUUGUAUGUACUUAGGAUUACCGUGUGAUAUUGUUUCAGCCUGCCCGGUGUCAGUACAGACACUAAGUUACAUGGCCAAGGAAUGGAAUAUCCCCGUCAUAACGCCCGCUGGGUAUAAAGGGACACUGAAAAACAAAACCCUUUUUCCCACCCUGACGCGACUUUCUCCUUUUGGGCAAGAACAGUUUGCCGAAUUCACCGUGCAGCUUCUUGACUCCUACGGCUGGAACCACAUAGCCAUCAUCUACGACAACAGCGAACCUACGGCGAUGUCGAGCCUCAUGGGUGAUACAUUCGUGGAUUUCUUCAUGGACACUGACUAUGAUUGGACAGACUUCGCAAUGACGAGCAGCGAGAUGAACGACAAAGGUUACGAGAAUAUCCUGAAAGAGGCAAGCGAGAAUGCAAGAAUCUUCAUCAUUCACGCCACCAUUGAAGAUAUCCGCGACAUGCUGCUUGUGGCACACCAACUGGGCUAUACUGACGGGGAAUAUGCCUUCAUCGUCACCAUAUCACUCAGAAAGGCCAUCACAGAGGCUGUGUGGAAGAGGGGAGACGGCAAGGACGAGAUUGCACUAGAGGCUUUCCAGGGCGCCUUGUUCCUUUCCUUGUUGGACUCGAACAAGUCCGAGUUCCAGAUAUUCAUGGACGCUGUACGGAAGAAAGCGAAGAAGAAACACGAUAUCAGUAUACGCUCGGAUGAUCAGAUCAGUGAUAUAGUGGGAUACUACAACGCCUUCAGCAUCUAUGCCUCGGUCCUCAACGAGACGCUGACGGACGGCGGAGAUCCCUAUGAUGGCCGCGAGCUAACCCGGAGGAUGAGAAACCGGACAUUUCAGGGCAUAGCUGGUCCCAUCACUCUGAAUGAGAAUAACGGGAGAUAUUCGAACCUUGCGCUGCAUGACAUCGCAGAGAAUGGGGAGGUCGUGGUAGUGGGCGUGUACAUGGGUAAAGAACGGAUAUACGAGCGGGCAGAGAACCAGGAAAUAAUCUGGCCCAAGAACAGCAGUCCUCCUCUUGACGUACCAGUGUGCGGUUUCAAAGGAUACAGAUGUGAAUACAAGACUGCGAACGUUAAGUUGAUCGGUGGACUAACUGGCGGAUUGGUUUUUCUGUUUGUGAUUGGCGCCCUCGUGUUUGCGGUCUACUUCAGUCUGUGGAAACGGGCCAGCAAGAUAGAGAGGUGGUGGUGGAUGGUUGACGACAAGAAGCUGAUGACGGCCACCAACAACGACAGACUGUCAGCUCAGUCCCUCUCAUCGCGGUUCAGCUCCAUCACCCCCAAGAGCGACCUCCUGCCCGACUACAAGGCCAACCUCGCUAUAUACAAGGGUUUGCCAGUUCGUUUGAGGAUGCUGACAAUGAAAAAUAUCAAUUAUGAUAAACAGCUACUGGAUGAGUUUGAGCACGACAUGAUAGGCAACGCGGAGGUGAAGAUGGACGAUGAGCUCAAAUUCGCUUUAUGGUUUGUGUUUCAUCCACGAGAACUUGUUGCACCACCACGGAAGGCUGACCAGUAG